AUGGGUUGUGGCAUGAGCACCGAGGAGAAGGAGGGGAAGCUCCGCAAUGAGGAGAUCGAGAACCAGUUGAAGAGAGACAAGAUGUUGCAGCGCAACGAGAUCAAGAUGCUUCUCCUGGGUGCUGGUGAGUCUGGGAAGUCGACGAUCUUGAAGCAGAUGAAGCUCAUCCAUGAGGGCGGCUACUCGCGCGAUGAGAGAGAGUCGUUCAAGGAGAUCAUCUUUAGCAACACUGUCCAGUCGAUGCGUGUCAUCCUCGAGGCAAUGGAGUCGCUUGAGCUUCCUCUGGAUGAUCAGCGUGCAGAGUACCACGUUCAGACCAUCUUCAUGCAACCCCAACAGAUCGAGGGCGACAGCCUUCCUCCUGAGGUCGGAAAUGCCAUUUCGCAGUUGUGGAAGGACGCCGGUGUCCAGGAUUGUUUCAAGCGAUCAAGAGAGUAUCAAUUGAACGACUCUGCCCGAUACUACUUUGACAACAUCGAACGAAUCGCUAUGCCCGACUACAUGCCAAACGACCAAGACGUUCUACGAUCGCGUGUCAAGACCACUGGUAUUACCGAAACUACUUUCAUUAUUGGAGACCUCACAUACCGUAUGUUUGAUGUUGGAGGACAGCGUUCAGAGAGAAAGAAGUGGAUCCACUGCUUUGAGAACGUCACAACCAUCCUCUUUCUUGUCGCUAUUUCCGAAUACGACCAGCUUCUCUUCGAAGAUGAGACCGUCAACCGUAUGCAGGAAGCCCUCACACUCUUCGACUCGAUCUGCAACUCGAGAUGGUUCAUCAAGACUUCGAUUAUCUUGUUCUUGAACAAGAUUGAUCGGUUCAAGGAGAAGCUCCCCGUCAGCCCGAUGAAGAACUACUUCCCAGACUACGAAGGAGGUGACGAUUAUUCUCUGGCUUGUGACUACAUCCUGAACCGCUUCGUCAGCUUGAACCAGCACGAGACCAAGCAAAUAUACACUCAUUUUACCUGCGCUACUGACACCACCCAAAUUCGCUUUGUUAUGGCCGCCGUCAAUGAUAUCAUCAUCCAGGAGAACCUCCGUCUUUGUGGCCUAAUCUAA